UCCAAAGAGAAAGAUCAUCAAUCAUGACGACAACUCUGCUUUUUCAUGUCUUUUCUUCUGAAACCCUAAAUAUUUUCCCUCUCUAAGCUUUGGGAUCUUCCAAAGCAUUCCAAAAAAGAGCUUCUUGUGCCAGCAAAAUUCCCAUGCCGUAGAUCUUUGAAUCAAAGAGAAUUUCUGAUCAUUUUUUUUUUGUUUCUCUUUUGAUCCCUUUCAGGUUCUGGGUUCUCAGUAUUUGCGGUCUUGCGGAGCACAGCAUCGUCUGUUAGGGAAGGCAACAACUCUUGCUCCACAAAUACAUAUCUAUAUGUUAUUUUGUUUAUGGCAACUGAUUUGCUUUGGAAUUGAUGGAGGCAAAUUUUUUUCGUUUUCUUAAGAUUGUGGGUGUUGGGUACAAAACCAGAGCUGAAGCUGCAGGACGUCUAUUGUAUCUGAAAUUGGGGUACAGUCAUGAGGUUGAAUUAAGUGUGCCUCAUGCUGUCCGUGUUUUCUGCUUCAAAAACAAUGUAAUUUGUUGUACUGGAAUAGACAAGCAGAGGGUGCACCAGUUUGCUUCUACUGUUCGGAAUUGUAAGCCACCAGAAGUUUACAAAGGCAAGGGCAUAAUGUAUGUUGAUGAAGUUAUCAAGAAAAAACAAGGAAAGAAGUCUAAAUGAUCAUAUAAUCUUAGGUUAUUUCAUGAAAUCUAGAACUUAAGAUGUACACUACUGGCUAGGCUUUGGCUGCAGAAUUAUUCACUCUAGCCUUCGAACAAUUUCAGUGUUGGAUAAUCAAAUAUU